UUCCCGCGCGGGUUUGUUCGUCGUCGUCGUCCUCCUCCUCCUUCGCCAAAAAUGAGUUUGUGGGUUGAUAAAUACCGUCCUCGAGAGCUUUCCAAGUUGGAUUUCCACCUGGAGAAAGGGGCACAUCUCAAGAAGUUGAUGAUAGGGUUUAAAUCUCUGGGCCUUCUGGAGAGUUCUCAUUGGCAAGCUACACCAGUUCAUAAAGGUCCACUAUCAUCACUGGUAGAUUGUUGCAGACUAAAAACUACCUUAAGUGGACAUUUAUACCUACACAGAGAGUCCAGAGUUGUCUUCUUCUUCUUUUUAGGGGUGUCUUCAAUAGGUUCUUACCUCUUAAAAUUCUUGGGAGAUAAGCAGUCAUAUAAAAAGGUACCAUUACUGACUUCUCUCCUUAAACAGACACCCUCCAAGAAGAAGCUGGAGAUUGUAACAAUUGCCAGUAAUUAUCACAUAGAAGUGAAUCCCAGUGAUGUUGGCAUCUAUGACAGGGUCGUUAUUCAGGAACUCAUCAAGACUGUGGCAUCUUCACAGCAGCUGGAUACAAGUGGUCAAAGAGAAUUUAAAGUGGUUGUGCUAAAUGAAGUUGAUAAACUGACCAAAGAUGCUCAGCACGCCCUCCGUCGUACCAUGGAGAAGUACAUGGCAACUUGUAGGCUGAUUCUGUGUGCUAAUUCAACAUCCAAGGUCAUUCCGGCUAUCCGCAGUCGUUGUCUCGGUGUGAGGAUUCCAGCCCCCACAGUCGAGGAUGUUGUUAAAGUCCUACAGGCUGUGUGCAAGAAGGAGGGCUUGUCAUUACCAACUGAACUUGCCAAAAGAAUUGCUGAUAAGUCAAAUCGCAACUUAAGACGCGCCAUAUUAAUGUGUGAGGCUUGUAGAGUCCAACAAUACCCCUUUAGUCCUCAACAAGACAUUAGUAUCCCAGAUUGGGAAGUGUUCUUACAAGAAACAGCAGCAAAGAUAGUUGAAGAACAGAGUCCAAACAGACUGUUGGAUGUCCGAGGAAGGAUUUAUGAGCUGCUGACACAUUGCAUACCUCCGGAGGUUAUUUUCAAAGGCCUAUUAAAGGAGUUGGUCAGAAAUUGUGAUGGCGAAUUGAAGUGCGAAGUGACAAGACUAGCUGCCUAUCAUGAACACCGCCUGAAUCUCGGUUCAAAGGCUAUAUACCACAUAGAGGCCUUUAUUGCAGCAUUCAUGGCAAUUUACAAAAAAUUCUUAGAAGACAGUAUGUCAGCCAUGUUUUGAAAUAUUAUAUUCUUUAUUUCUUAGAUUUAGAAUGUAUUUUAGUUUUGUUUUUGUAUUUUUUGCAGAUGACAUCUUUUGUUUAAAUUUCACAAAAUAAAUGU